AGAGAAUUGUCACGAGAUAUACGAAUGGCUCUGAAAUACGGUUUGACUGCAAAACAAGUCAUCCAAUGAUCGCAUGAUUUGAUUGUAAUUUCCUUUUAAUUGAAAAUCAGUUGAAAUUCAUUAUUAAUUGCAUUGAAAUUGGAUUACAAUUCACACAAUGUUUCGGUCGGCGCUCAUCAGUCAGUGCACCCGUCGCUCCGGCGCUCUCAUGAAAAGGUCACAAACUCUGACCACCACUUCCGCUCUCCACAAGACAUCACUCAAAUCAGACCACAAUCUCAUGAAAAGCCCACAAAUAUUGGUCUCAAAUGUAUUUCAUAAGCGAAACCCGAAUCCAGUGGUGAUCUCCAGAAGUAGUUAUGCGUCGGAGGCGAACCUCCCGAAGCACAGCCGUGUCGUACUGCCAGCCCUGUCGCCCACUAUGGAGUUGGGAACCAUCAUCUCGUGGGAGAAGAAGGAGGGCGACGCUCUUCACGAGGGAGACCUCUUGGCUGAGAUCGAGACCGAUAAGGCAACCAUGGGUUUCGAGACCCCGGAGGAGGGCUUUUUGGCCCGCAUUCUGGUCGCCGCCGGUACUAAAGACGUGCCCAUCGGAAAGCUUUUGUGUAUUAUUGUUGAGACCGAGUCCGACAUCCAGGCGUUCAAAGACUAUGUGGACACCAGUGAAGCCGUCAAAUCGGCCAAACCAAGCGCGCCGUCUAAGGCAAGUGCGCCGUCAGCUCCCAAACCGUCAACGGCUGCACCGCCGCAACCCAUGGCUACGAAGUCAACCGUCUCUUCUGUCGGAAUCGGCGGCCGAUUAUUCGCGAGUCCUUUGGCCAGACGUUUGGCCGCAGAGAAAGGUAUUGAUUUGACGGCACUUUCAGGCGCCGGGAGCGGUCCCGGGGGUAGAAUUCGUGGCGCAGACGUCUUGAGCGCACCCAUCGGUGUAAGCGGUGGUCCGCGCGCUCUCGAGUUCACUGACAUUGUGUUGACUAAUAUGAGGCAAACAAUUGCCAAACGACUGUUGCAAUCGAAACAAACUAUUCCUCAUUACUAUCUGACUGUUGAACUAGAAAUUGACGAACUCUUGAGAUUAAGGACUCAAUUAAACGAAAUGUUGAGCAAAGAGAAGAUCAAACUAUCUCUGAAUGACUUUAUAAUAAAGGCCUCAUCCCUGGCCUGUAUGAAAGUGCCCGAAGCCAACAGCGCAUGGAUGGAGACAUUUAUUAGACAAUACACUUCGGUUGAUGUGAGCGUUGCCGUCAGUACUGACGCCGGACUCAUAACUCCCAUAGUGUUCAACGCCGACAGAAAAGGAGUUAAAGAGAUAUCGCAAGAAAUAAAACAAUUGGCGGUUAAAGCGAGAGAAGGUCGACUGCAACCCAACGAGUUCAUGGGCGGCACGUUUACGAUAUCCAAUCUGGGAAUGUAUGGCAUUAACAGCUUCUCUGCGGUCAUAAACCCUCCGCAGUCCUGUAUUCUGGCGGUCGGCGGCACUGACAAACGCAUUGUUCCCGACAGUGACGGCAAUCGUAGAGUCGCGUCCUUCAUGACAGUCACUCUUAGUUGUGACCAUAGAGUAGUUGACGGAGCGGUUGGCGCCCAAUGGCUACAAGCGUUCCGUCAGUACAUAGAAAAACCCUUUUCAAUGGUUCUAUAAGUUAGGUCUCAAAUAGUUGUGAUUUUAUUUGUUUUGUUUUUAAUAUAAUUUAAUUCAUUGCUGUUAUGAUUUUAGAU